CGGAGUAGUACCUACUUAGUGUAGUAGCCUUUUUGUAUGUGACAACAAGAACACGCUACCUAAGGUAUGGGUCUCCCUUGAACGGAUGCGUCCAGAAAUACACAACUCUUCCUCAAAGAGCACAGAUCAUGCUGCAGUAAGGGGCUUGACCUACCAUCUCUCUGACUAUCACGAGACAACUCUCCUCCAGCCUCGUUUGUAUUGCAUUGACAAUUCUGCCUCUUGACAGUGUUGGUACCCCAUUCGUUGGGCCGCUCAAACACAGAUCAUCUAUUCAUACUCCUGUUCGCACAUCGGCCACCCGUCUUGGCAAUCGAGGGGUUUGAGACUGAAUAUCUCAGUAGAUGUCAGCUCCUGUUGACAGACAUUCUUUGAGUUGUUCAGCCUGCGGUCAUCAGUACGACAUCUCAUAUCCACUUCAUCCAAGAUGGCUCUCUCUUCUAGGAACGUAUGGUUGGUGCUUCUGAUCUGUCUCAUCCUCUUUACAUGUCGAGCACACGCCUUUGGAGCUGGCAACAUUGCCUCCAUCUCGGCCGUUGAAGGAAAGAAUUGGCGUCAUGGAGAUAUUGAAGAUAUCCUCAAGACUCUGUCUUGUAUUCGUCACCACAAAUGGAACUCGAUGAUGAUGAAGCGUGUCUAUUUCGGCAAUUGGCUUAGAGAUUAUUCUCAGGCUAUGGACACUGGAGCUUUGAAGAAAGCAGCGCCAGAGACAAUCCGUGUCCUCGUAUGGUUGCUCUCCUUCCUCAGUUUUGGUUAUGCCACUGCUGAGUUCGAGGUGACAACGGAGAGACUAGGCGUCUAUCGACCUGAGGAGCACAUUGACAACCCCAAAGACUACAACGACAAUGAAGAUGCUCGACAGUAUGACCCUCGUCUACGAGGUCCCGUCCGAGACAUUGAGCUACAAAUCGACCCAGAGACUGGAAUGAAGAAUUACAUCGCAAAUGGCAAAGGAGACUGGGCCACUUCCCUUGCUUUUGUCAAAUACAGCUUCGAGCGGAGUAUUCAUCACGGUAGACUCUACACCAACGGUCGAGGGAUCUUCAAAGGCAAGGAUGAGGAUUUGGCAGAGGCGCUCAGAUACCUUGGUCAAGGCUUGCAUACCCUUGAAGAUUUCGGUGCCCACACCAAUUAUGUCGAACUUGUCCUGCGAGAUAUGGGCUUCAACAAUGUCUUUCCACUUGUCGGAAGUUCCACCGCCAUCAACCUCCGCGGCAAACAUGUUUUCCCUCUCGUCACUGGCACAUUUGGUAUGGUCGACUUCUACCACUCAGUCUUGGGUGAGGCUACCGAUCAUUUCACACAAAGUGAAAUCAAUGAGAUGGACAAUGCCCUGGGUGUGGCUCAGCAGGCGGCAUCAUCCUCGAAUCCGUUGACCUCACUUGUCAGUUCGCUGUCCAAGAUUCCAGGAACUAGUCAGUUGUGCGCGGAAGCUGCGCAGUUACAAAGAAGCUCAGAGGCCCAAGCGCGUUCAAAUGCGGGAGGCUAUUCCAGCAGAGGUGUCGAUGAUUAUGGGGGAAGCUCUCGCGGGGUCGAGGACUGGCAAACCUCCCGAAGCUCACAACCUGGAUUCCCGUCAUACGGAAAUGACCAAUGGAACGCCCCUCAGCAACAGGGUUGGGACCAGCCUCAGGGUCAGUGGCAGGGCUCGCAGGGCUAUCAAUCGCAACAAGGCUUCCCUGGAGCUCAGCAAGACUGGCAACAGCCAGCACAGCACCAAGGCUGGCAACAACAGCAGCAACCGCCACCACCACCACAACAACACCAAGGUCAGAACUGGGAAACCCAACAAGGAUCGUCAAACACGCAAACCGCAUCCCGGCCAGCCGGUCUCGAAGGCAUGCCAGACUUUGAUCCUGCAAAGACUGUUGCUCAGAUUUACCCCAUCCUAGCCUUCCGUGACAAGGUCGUCCGCACUAUCAGCUCUGUCAUCGAGAAGAUCCCCGGUCUUGAAGCCCUCGUCGACCGAAUCACUGAAACACUGACCGUGUUCAUUCUGUCGCUCCUUGCACCCAUUGUGCGACCAAUUAUCAACGCCAUGUCCAAGACUCUUAAGGUUGGAAGUGAAGGAGUUAUCAACUCGUCCGGCAAGCAUCAAUAUGAAGUAUGGACUGACCCUCAUUCGUCUGAUCCGACCCAUUCCAUGCUGAGCAAGGACCACUUCAGCAACAUUCUCAACGAACCCGCCGGCAACGUGGCAGCCGAGAUUCUCAAGUACAUUGCUCCACGAGUGCUGUAUGCUUGGGAACACGCGAGUGUCCCUGUCGACCAAGUCAUGAACGAUAUUGAGUGCAUUUUCCACCACCCUGCAAUCAGGAACGAGAGAAACGAAGCCCACCGCAACAUGUAUGCCGCUGUCAAGAACUGGGUCCACAGCCUUCCCGACAGAGGCAGGAACCUAGAAAAUGUGCUGAGCUCUGAAGGCGUUCGUGCUGGCAAGAACCAUAAAGGCGGAGUCAACGAACAUGCUCACUUGCAAUCACAUUCAAAGCCUCCACAACAACAAUCCCAUCAAUCGAGUGGCGGCUCUUUCGGAGGUCUAAGUAAUCUCACCAGCUUCCUGCCAGGACAGUCACAGCAAGGAGGCGGAGGAUCUCACAGCAGUAGCAAUCCUCUGGGAUCCGUUGGAAGCUUCAUCGACAACUUUACUGGCUCAGGACAUCAACAGGGUCGUCCUCAACAUGGCAGCAGUGGCGGCGGCGGUCUUAGCGACAUGCUCAGCAUGGCCAGCAAGCUUCCCAUUCCCGGCGUGAAGAACAUCAACAAGUACACCAAAUUCAUGGGCGGACUUGGAGGAAGUGGAGGUGGAACUGGCCGACGAGGUCUUGAUGGUGACGACGACGAUGACAACUUCACUGGCUCCGGUGGCAGUGAGCUUGGUGGAUCUCGUGAACUUCACGAAGCUGCCACUCAUGCGAAUGUUGGAAGAUCACCCAGUCCUCAACCGCUCAGCGCUCCUCCUGGGUAUGAACAAUACGAUCAGCAAGAUUACGGUGGCUACGGUCCCCAGGAAGACCAGGGCCAACAACCAUAUCAGCAUCAGUAUCAAACUGCAUAUCAGGAUCCUUAUCAGAAUCAGAAUCAGUAUGGUGGCGGUGGUGGGCAGUACGGUGGUGGUGGUCAACAUGGUGGUCAUUAUGGUGCUCCUCCAAGCGGAGGCUAUGGCGGUCAUUCUCAGGGAUACUAUCAGAGUUGAGAUGAUGGAUCAGCCGUCGUCUAUCGGGGCGAUAUUUCAAGUUUAUGACGAUAAUAUUCUAUGCAGCCUCCGACCAAUGCUUUCAGAAGACAAACAUAGAUACUUUUAUCUGUUAAUAUGAGCAUGACCUGAUCGAACAA